AUGCUUCUGUUGUUUGUAAUGACAGGCCCGUGGUCAGCGUCCCCACGAGCCUGGAGCCCAGGCCUUGCCCAAGCACAGUGCUGAGAUCUGAAAUGAGCAGCCUCCCCAUGCCUACAAGAGAAGCACUCUCUUUCUACAAACAUUCUCUUAAUCAUUACUUCCUAUAUAAUUAACUACAAAAUGUUUGUCUUCUCUUCAAGGCAAAGGUUAUUAUGAGCAGACUGGUUUGGAUUGUGUUAUUUUUAUUUUUUUUUUUAAGAGAAGGAGGGAAAAAAUGAGUGAAUAAGAAUCUGCCGCUGCUGGGGUUGCAUCAUUUGUUGAGAGAUUUGCCUCUGCUUUGCUCUGGCGUUGCUGCAGCCUCGUUUUCCUGGCUGGUGGGAGCUUUCCCUGGGGCAGUGUCCUGAGUGGGGUCUGGUGUCACCUCAGAGGGGUUGGUGACCAUCUGGAGGCUUCCAGGCAGGAUCAGUGCUGUCCAUCCCGCAGAGGCGUUGGUGCAUCCGCUGCCCCGGAUGGGAACAGGCACUUCCAGGGGUCUCCUGCUCCCAGCCCUCCUCCAGAUGGACCUGCUGUGAGUGCACGGCUCUGCUCACAGUAACGCUGCUGCCGAGCCUCAGGUUCCCAGACCGUUGAUUUUUAAGACAUAAAAAAAAAAAAAAAAAAAAAGAAAAAAAAAAAAAAAAAGACCCUGGUGAAGGUAGACAUCUUGGCACCUCAGCCUGCGCUCCUUCCCGGGCUGCCGGGAGAGCAGAGAGCUCGGGCUCAUGAUGUAACUCUGGUCCCUUGGGCUCGAGAGCAGUGCUGAGUAAGGGAGAGCCAAGGAAAGACGGCUGCAUGAAGACUGAGCUGCUGAAAGACAUCACCAACAACAAAGAGGAAGGGUUUAAUGCCAUGGCUGCAGAUGAAAGCGCUACAGAAAAGCAAGUGGGGGAACCAAAAAUGGCAGUGGACGGUGAAACCAACGGUUCCUGUGAGCACAGCGAGGGUGGGGGCCACCCAAACCCAGCGAAAAACACUCAGGACAACACGAAAGGGAGCCAGCAGGACUCUACUACUAAAUUAAAUAGGAUAGCAGAAAACGGCAUUUCGGAGCGGGACAGCGAGCCUGGGAAGCAAAACCACCUGAAAGCAAAUGACUUCACACAGACUUCUGUCACAGGGAGCAAUGGGUAUAUCCUAACCAAGCAGAUGGCACAGGAGCAGCCUCUAAGGACUACCAGCUUUGCUUCUCUCACUGGCCAUGCUGCAAAAACCCUGCCUGGGGGAGCAGGCAAAGGCAGGACUGUGGGGUCCUUUGCCCAGCUCCAAGCCACGAUGCCAAGCAAGCUCGGGGAGGGCAGUAAGGACACGGAUGCUAAAAGAGCCCCCGCUGCUAACGCUGAAGUCAAGGUCCACCGAGCACGGAAGACAAUGCCUAAACCCACCCCCAGCCUGGAGUUGCUUCCUGAAUUGGGAUUGAAGCUGAAUCUGAAACAGCAUGCAAGUAAAGACCCCAAAGAUGGGAGAGACAGCAGAGAGCAGAAGGAAUCCAAGGAGAAGGAGUUUGAGAACAUUCUGGACUUUGUGAAGCCGUUGUCGUUGCCCUCUCUCCCGGGCCUUCACCAGUCACUACCUCAGAACCAGAGCUAUGUGGCCACCACCAAGUCGCAGACAGCUGCUGCAGUAUCUCGGAAGAAAAAACGGAGAAUGGGAACCUAUAGCCUGGUUCCCAAGAAAAAGACCAAAGUGUUAAAACAGAGAACAAUGAUAGAGAUGUUUAAAAGCAUAACUCAUUCCUCUGUGGGUGCCAAGAGUGACAAGGAGCUGGGGGAUGGCAGCCCUCACGUGAACGGGGAAAGCAUAGAUGUGGACUCUGAGGAGGAGGACUCGGAUGAGUUGGAAGAGGAGGAUGAUCACGGAGCAGAUCAGGUGGCCGGGUUUCCCGUGGAUGACAACAGGACCUCCAAGGACAGCGUGUCCGACAUAGACAACGCCAGGAAGAUCGAUGAUGGCGAGUCUGAGGAAGAGCAAGAGUCUGUAGAAUCUGGGGAGGAGGAGGAGGAUGGAGACGAGUCUGACUUGAGCUCCGAGUCCAGCGUCAAGAAGAAGCUGCUGAAGAGGAAAGGGAAGACGGACAGUCCAUGGCUGAAACCCACCCGCAAGAGGAGGCGGAGGAAUAAAAAGAAACAAGGAGGUGUGCUAGGUGCUGAAGCCUAUAAAGCCUCGCUGGGCAGCAGGGAGGGCCCUGGCCAGGAGAACAGCAUGGAGUACAUGGAGGUGUCCCUGGAUUCCCUGGAUCUCCGGGUGAAGGGGAUCCUCUCCUCGCCAGUGGCAGGUCUGUCCAAUGGCCCUGAAGCAAUGGAAGUGGAUGGUCUCCAGGAGGUGCCCCUGUGCAGCUGUCGGAUGGAAACCCCCAAAAGCAGAGAGAUCACCACGUUAGCCAACAACCAGUGCAUGGCCACGGAGAGCGUGGAUAACGAGCUGGGCCGAUGCACAAACAGUGUGGUUAAGUAUGAACUGAUGCGCCCGUCUAACAAAGUCCAGCUUUUGGUGCUGUGUGAGGACCAUAGAGGGAGGAUGGUGAAACACCAGUGUUGCCCUGGCUGUGGAUACUUUUGCACUGCAGGCACUUUCAUGGAGUGUCAGCCCGAGAGCAGCAUCUCCCACCGCUUCCACAAGAGCUGUGCCUCGCAGGUGAACGACACCAGCUACUGCCCUCACUGCGGGGAGGAGGCCUCCAAGGCCAAGGAGGUGACAAUAGCCAAGGCUGACACCACCUCCACGGUGUCCCUGAGCUACGAGCAGCAGAAACCGGCGGCUCUGGAGGGCAGGGCCGACACCACCACGGGGAGUGGCACUGGGACGAGGUUGUCAGAGGAAGACAAGCCAGAAAGUUCGGCUGCUGAAGGGUUUGAGAUCGCUGGGUCUUCAGUUUUUCCAAAGCCUACAACUAGCUUGACCCAGGGACCAGUGAAAGAAACUCUGGAAAGUGCCCUGAUUGCCUUGGACUCUGAAAAGCCCAAGAAGCUGCGGUUCCACCCGAAGCAGUUGUACUUCUCUGCCAGGCAAGGGGAGCUGCAGAAGGUCCUGCUGAUGUUGGUGGAUGGAAUUGACCCUAAUUUUAAAAUGGAGCAUCAGAGUAAGAGAACCCCUCUCCAUGCUGCCGCCGAGUCUGGCCACGUGGACAUCUGCCAUAUGCUCAUUCAGGCCGGUGCUAACAUUGACACCUGCUCCGAGGACCAGAGGACCCCGCUGAUGGAAGCAGCAGAAAACAACCACCUGGAAACUGUGAAAUACCUGAUCAAGGCUGGAGCACUCGUAGAUCCCAAGGAUGCUGAGGGCUCCACGUGUCUGCACUUGGCAGCCAAGAAGGGGCACUAUGACGUGGUGCAGUACCUGCUCUCCAACGGGAAGAUGGAUGUCAACUGCCAGGACGACGGCGGAUGGACGCCGAUGAUCUGGGCCACCGAGUACAAGCACAUCGAGCUGGUGAAGCUGCUGCUGGCCAAGGGCUCCGACAUCAACAUCCGUGACAACGAGGAAAACAUUUGUUUGCACUGGGCUGCUUUUUCUGGCUGUGUUGACAUAGCUGAGAUCCUGCUGGCAGCAAAGUGUGACCUGCACGCCGUGAACAUCCACGGGGACUCGCCCCUGCACAUCGCAGCCCGGGAGAACCGCUACGAGUGCGUGGUUCUCUUUCUUUCCCGUGGCUCGGAUGUCACUUUAAAGAACAAGGAGGGUGAGACCCCGCUCCAGUGCUCCAGCCUUAACUCUCAGGUCUGGGUGGCUCUACAGAUGAACAAGACUCUCAAAGAAUCAUCUUCUGAGAAGCCUGCUCAGAUAGAGAAGGUGGUGAGCAGGGACAUUGCCCGGGGUUACGAGCGCAUCCCCAUUCCCUGUGUCAAUUCCGUGGACAGUGAGCCCUGUCCCAGCAAUUACAAAUACGUGUCACAGAACUGUGUCACCUCCCCGAUGGACAUCGACAGGAACAUCACUCAUUUACAGUAUUGUGUCUGUAUAGAUGACUGCUCCUCCAGUAACUGCAUGUGUGGCCAGCUCAGCAUGCGCUGCUGGUACGACAAGGAUGGCCGACUCCUGCCUGAGUUCAACAUGGCUGAGCCCCCCCUGAUCUUCGAGUGCAACCACGCGUGCUCGUGCUGGAGGACCUGCAGGAACAGGGUGGUGCAGAACGGCCUCAGGACUCGGUUGCAGCUUUACCGGACACAGAAGAUGGGCUGGGGAGUGCGGACGAUGCAGGACAUUCCCCUGGGAACCUUCGUGUGCGAGUACGUGGGGGAGCUGAUCUCCGACUCUGAGGCCGAUGUCCGUGAGGAGGACUCCUACCUCUUCGACCUGGACAACAAGGAUGGAGAGGUUUACUGCAUCGACGCCCGCUUCUACGGCAACAUCAGCCGCUUCAUCAACCACCUGUGCGAGCCCAACCUCAUCCCGGUGCGGGUGUUCAUGUCCCACCAGGACCUGCGCUUCCCCCGCAUCGCCUUCUUCAGCACCAGGCACAUAGAGGCUGGCGAGGAGAUCGGCUUCGACUACGGGGACAGGUUCUGGGACAUCAAAGGCAAAUUCUUCAGCUGUCAGUGCGGUUCACCCAAGUGCAAACACUCGAGCUCGGCGCUGGCGCAGCGGCAGGCGAGCACCUCUGCCCAGGAGCCGCAGGAGAACGGGCUGCCCGACACCAGCUCCGCCGCGGCCGCCGGCCCCUUCUGAGACUGAGCCCUCCCACAGCGUCACAUCCUGUCCGAAUUUCCAUUUAAAGAGAAAGAGAGAAAAAACAACACAAAACCACACAAAAAAUUUAAAAAAAAAAGAAAAGGAAAAAAUAAAAAAAAAAGAAAAGAAAAGAAAAGAAAGAAACCCCCGCUCAAGGAAAGCCAAGGGUUUGUGACACUUAGGGCUGUGCCACCGACUGUUACUUGAGGAAGAGCGAAAGCAAAUCCCGCCUCCGUGGUGUUCUCCCCUCCCUGCUCCUGGAAAGCUGCUGGGUUUCACAGCUGUGUGUGCAGGGGUGGCUGUUGCAUUUUUUUUUUUUGCCACCCGAGCUGUCCUGGCCUCUUCUCUGAACGCUGUCAGAGCCAGGGAGAGCCGCCCGUCCUCGGAAUGUCCCUGCCCGGAUCCCUGCCGCCCACUCACCUCCAGUUCACACACCAUAAACUCUGGAUACUUGAUGAGACUUCGUUCCUGGGAGGGAGCGGGAGGUGCUGGCUCUGGGUUUGCUCGGCACAGCCCCGGGCCAGGUUGUGCUGGUUGGUUUUUUGUUGGUUUGGUCGGUUUUUUGGUUGGUUGGUUUUUUGGUUUUGUUUUUUUUUGUUUUUUUUGUUUUUUUUCUUUCUAUAUGAAUGAAUUAUUCCUCCCCCAUCUCGCAGGACGUUGUGGUGGGGCCCUAAAAGUACCCUCAAUUCUCUCCAAAUGGCUUUUUUCUCAACUGAUGAGAAGAAUCCCAGAAUCUUUCCAGUUCCUGGCUCUCUCCCUCCUGGAUUUUCUCCGUUCAAACCAGCUCUGGUCCACACCCUGUUCCUGUCUCAGUGUUGGGUUCCUCCAUGAAGGAAUUCCCCCUCACCCCGUCCCGUGAGUGGUUUUAGAGAGAGAAGGCUGAAGAGGAUUUUACAAGACACUAAUUCCUAAAGAAAAACAGUUCCCCUCCCCCUUUUUUUAAAGAUAAAGUGAAUGAAAUAUAUAUUCUAGAGGACCUGGACUGGCUGGGGUGGACAGACGUGUCACGGUGAGAAGAUCCCAGAUGCCACCAGCUCGUCUGCUCCCAUCCCUUUGCUCCGCUGGGCACCUUGGAUUGAUUUUUAAGCCACACGCUAUGAGGUUUCAACAAACUGAUUUAUUUUUUACCAUUAUUGAAACAUCGGGGACAAGCAUUAAAAAACAUGGGAAAAAAAAAGCUUAAAAAAAAAACAAACAAAAAACAACAAAACCCACAAAAAAACCAAAAAAAACCAAAACGACAACAAAAAGAAACCACAAAACAAAACGGUGCUGAUUCUGGUGUGAUUUUUGCUCACCACGUGAAUAUAAACUUAUCAAUUGUAUAAAAAGAACAAA